UUGGCCACCACUCACACCAAUUUCCCGUUUCCUCUCAAAACUACAAUAGAACAAUAAGCUCCCUCAAAGACCCUCCAACACAAUGGCUCUCUCCAAGCUUGUGAUGGCUUCCCUCCUCUUCUCACUACUCGUCCUUCAGCUCGCCCAUGCUGAUUACUCCCCUCCAUCAAUUGAUUGUGGAGGCGCUUGUAAAGCUAGGUGCCAGUUAUCCAGCAGGCCGAACCUGUGCCACAGGGCUUGUGGGACUUGUUGCCGCCGAUGCAGCUGCGUCCCUCCGGGAACCGCCGGCAACUACGACAAGUGCCCUUGUUAUGCAACCUUGACCACCCACGGCGGCCGCCGCAAGUGCCCUUAAUUGUGUUUAAUUAAUUCUCAAUUGAGUUCAAACCCAUAAUUAAUUAAGUCGAUAUCAUUACUUGUAAGUUUGCGUCGUCCUUGACUCUCAUGAGUUAAAUCGAAAGUAGUACGAUGAUGAUGUGUGGUUGUUUUCCCUUUGGCAAAUAAUAAAACAGAUGUGGUCAAAUAAAUAAGAAAGCUUUGUAAUAGUUGCUGAUAUAUGUCUAUGUCAGCGGGGGGUUUUUUUUUUUUGUAGUGAAUAUAUGUCACUCUAUCAGGUUUCAAUGGAUGUUGAGAGGAUUGAUGAUGUAUCAUGUUUACUACUACUCAGUCUACUCUGUCAAGAAAUAUCCAGAGUUUAU